AUGAUCGAACCAUACUUGCAGCUGAAUUGGGUCACAAUCUACGAGGUUUAUGAGGAUAGAUCCACCCGCUGGUACGAAGAUCAGCCUUAUUGGCUCCAAACACAAGACCGUCAGGUCUUUCUAGGAGGAAAGAAGCGAAUAUUCGACCUCAAAGCAUUCCUUCGUCAGCUACAGCUUGGAAAGGUCCCAUUCAUUGUGUUUCAAGAAUUCAAGAACUUGCGACGCCCAGACAUCUUCACCCAGCACAUUCAGAACUGGCCAACUCCAACACCAUCAAAUGUUUCGAUGCAGAUUGUUUCAAGUAGUCUUUCAAAGGCUUUUGAAGCUCUUCUGGAGGCGUACAGCGAGCUAAAGGAGCAUGCCGACUUUCAAAGGAACGUUGAUGCGAAGACUAGAGAGCGGAUGGGCCCCAACCUGCUAGCCCAUAAAGCAGGUCAGUGGCCCGGCAUCACACUGGCUCAGGCGGGACACGUCGAUAAUAAUCACCGCCAUCUCCUCCAAAAUGGUGACGAUGAUGAUGAAGAUGACAGAAUAGUGGAAGAGGAUAGCUCUAAUGCCAAACGGAUAAGCCAAAGAUUGGUCAAUAUCGACCUUCUCUAUUUCCAUUUCCAGGAUCUAUUUGAAGAGGGGUUGAUUUCGAGAAUAGAAGAUGAUCGGAGCGAGACAAUGCUACUACUCAAAUUCCUCAGAACCGGAUUCAAGAGAAAUCACGGGCACGCAAGAGAACUUCUCUCCCAGAAGAAAAUCAGCAGGAACACGAUCUUCUAUCUUUUCAAACCAGGGACUGUCAUCGUCUCCCAGAUAGCUCCUAGGAUCAGAGGACUGAAACAAACGAAGCUUCUAUGCACUUCCCCUUCGGGUUGGGAUCUAAAUUGUCAAAGCUGGACAUUCGAUGGCAAAUUUCACCAGGCGAACAAUACCCUAUCUCUCACGGAGAAGGAUCUCAAGAACGGUCCUGUGGAUAUUUCAUCCCUUCCCUUCUACCCUCUCGGUUACGCGGAACCGGAAAUUGACCGAAAGCUUCGUCGCAGAGGCGAGACGUUUUGGAAGCUCCGCAAACCAAUUUACGUUACCUACAGUGGUCUCAAUAUGCGAGGAGAUUUCGCAUACGAUCGAGCGAGGUUCUUGGUAGAUUCAAUCACCUGGAAACGCUCCCAACAGGGGGCACCGGUCCUGAAAGGCGAUGUUUGGAAUCCCAGCAUUGCGGAACCCGACGAGUUGGACGAAGAUCUGAUGCUUCAGAGUGAUCUUCCGUCGGCCGAAUUUCCAUACCUAGUUCCUGAAAAUAUCACCGGCUUCAACAUGCAGGACAAAAAAUGGGUGGACCUCCAAGUGGACAACAUUUUCGAAGUCGAAUGGGAUAAGAGAUCAUUUGACAAUCUGGCAAUUGCGGAAGAGAACAAGAAAAUAGUUAAAGCUCUUGUUCUCAACAAGAUAGAAAGGGACAAGGCAACCGACAUUGUUCCUGGUAAAGGCAACGGCUUGGUAAUCCUACUACAUGGUGGACCAGGAACCGGCAAAACCCUGACAGCGGAGAGUGUUGCCGAUUUGGCAGAGAAACCGCUAUAUCGGGUGACCUGUGGAGAUAUCGGAACGGAGCCUCGUAAGGUCGAAGAAUAUCUGGAGAAUGUGUUCUUCCUUGGCAAGCUCUGGGACUGCGUGGUUCUUCUGGACGAAGCUGAUGUGUUUUUGGAACAACGAUCUCUCUCCGACCUCCCACGAAACGCUUUAGUCUCGGUGUUUUUACGAACGCUCGAGUACUACGAUGGCAUUCUCAUCCUGACGAGUAAUCGGGUGGGGACAUUCGAUGAGGCCUUCAAAUCACGGAUUCAGCUCGCGCUGCAUUACGAUUCACUCAAUGGGGAGCAGCGGAAACACAUCUGGUAUACGUUCAUAAAGCGUCUCGAAGAGCUUGAUGAGCCUAUCGAAGCGAUGGACAUAUAUAAAAACAUGGAAACACUCGCCGCGAAGCAUAUGAAUGGCCGGCAGAUACGCAACGCCAUCACGACAGCAAGACAGCUUGCACUUUUCGAAGGCAACAAGCUCAACUUCAGACAUCUUCAGGAGUCCAUCAAGGUUUCUGGUCAGUUCGACGAGUAUCUACAUGAGCUUCAUGGGCCGGACGAUAGGAGGAUGCAGGAUGAGGGAAUUCGUCUAGCCCCGAAGAGCGAUCCGAAAUGA